CAAGUUGACACAGGCGAGGAAUGACGGUAUGUGGCCCGUCCACCUGGCGGCCGCCUCUGGUAAACUGUCUAUUGUGGAGGAGCUGACAAGUCAACCUGAGGACUUCAACAGGACAAACCGGCACAACUCCACGGCACUCCACAUCGCUGCCCAGUACAACCGCUGCGACAUCGCCAACUACAUCUUGCAACAAAAGGAUGGCUCGCUCGGGCGAAAAGAUAAGGACGGAAACACGGCCCUCCAUAUAGCCGCCAGAUAUGGACACACAAAGCUGGUGAGAAGUCUGAUGGACAGAGGGGCUGAUAUCAGCUCCACCAACGUCCAGAGACAGAUACCGUUACAUGCUGCCGCAGAGCACGGACACAUGGACACCUUCAACGUGCUUUUGACGCCUUCUAAUCCCACCAAUUCAAGCGAAUCUCUGAAAGUGGACGUUGAGACGAAAAAGAAAAUUGUUGAACUCCUGGAGUCUUUGGUCGGUGCAGGAGACCCACAAGAGAAGGAGAAAAUCAUAGGAUCAAUUUCAGAAGUACUGCAGAUUCUUUUGUCUUCUCCCAAAACAGCAGAUUCUAAAAAACAGUCAGGUGUGAACGUCGUUACACGACAGAAGGCUGCACAACUGAUACAGACUCUGGUUGAUGUCAAAGACACCAAAGAAAAGGAAAGUUUGAUAAAGAAAAUAUCAAAUGUACUUCAGGAAGCACACGGAGUCUUGACUCUUGAUGAAGAUGACGCAGGGAAACGCUUCCAGCAUAUUGUCAGGUUGGUUGUCGAUGUGAAAAGAUGGAAGAGCCGCGCGGCCAAAACAUCACAGUCUGGAAGCAACCUAGCGAACGAGAGAAACGUCAGACGACAAAGCAAGGGAACUAACUCUGUACAGCCACUGAAUAGGGGCAGCAGAGGGGGGAGUGCGCCAGUAGCACCAUAUGAGUCGCUGCUGGGACUGCUUCACGCUCACAUCUGGAUCAACUCGGAGGACCAGAAAGGGAACACACCGCUACACCUGGCGGCGUCCAGUGGCCAAGAGGAUAUUGUUACGUGCAUCUUGAGAAAUUAUUCAGUGGUCCCAAACCGAAAGAAUAAUUCGGAGAGAACAGCGCUACAUCUGGCUGCCAUCAAGGGAAACACUAGGUCCGCGGAGGUAAUAGUGAAGGGGAGCGGGAACGCCAUGUUUGCCGAGGAUCAGGGCGGAAACACCCCCCUCCACCUGGCCGCUCAGGGGAGACACAAGGACACCGUACAGUUACUUCUUCUCCACGGAGCCGACACAAAACACACGAAUGCAUCAGGCCACAAUGUAUUGGACUUGGCCGCCUCAAGCGGGUGUGAAGAGACCUGUAACAUAUUGAUUCGGUUCGACUCACACGCCAAGGAAGAUCUACAUCAUAAAACCAGCCCCCUGAACUUGGCGUGCAAAAAUGGACACCUUCGAGUGGUAAAACUGCUGUUAGAGAACGAUGGCGACGUCAAUGUUAAGGACGAAAGUGGACUGAAUUGCCUUGACCUUGCUGUGGACAAUAAACACAGAGACGUCGCUCGCCACAUCAUCCGGUCCACCCAAUGGAAAGAUGCUCUUAAAAACAGCGUUAAAGCAUCAAAGGGUAGCUGCACCUGCGAGUUGUCUUGCGCGUGUGUUAAAAAGUCCAGGAACAGUGUUGACACACCCAUGCGUCGACUCAUAAAGAAAAUGCCAGAUGUUGCCUAUGAGGUUCUGGACAAAUGUAUCGACCCCACAUCGACGUCCAAGCAGCCCCUGUAUGACUAUCAGUUUAUUGAUGAUCUGUACGAGUCCUGGAUUUCUACAGGUAAUCCAAAAAACAGCGAUGGCAAAAUGUCCAAGGACAAACCAAAAAAGAAAGAAAACAAAGAUCUGACCCCUUAUACAAAGAAAGCUCGCACCUUCAAGAAGAACCACCCCCUCAAGAUCAUGGUGAAAUAUGGCCGCGACGAGCUGCUGCAGCAUCCGGUGGUGAGGAAUCUGAUCAUGACGUUGUGGUGGCAGUUCGGGUGGUGCUACUACCUGGCGACGGCUCUCUUUCACACCUGCUUCCUCAUCCUUCUCUCGAGAGUCGUCCUGAUGAGCAAGCCACCGCAUGAAUACCUUUCCUAUGAGAUUGAGAGUGUACGAAGCGACUCGUGUAGAUCGGUAAUCGACCAGACAGACCUCAAUGACUGGCUGGUUGCAGAGAAGGGCAUCAUGUACGCCCUGAUGGUGAUCGGCGUUAUCUUUGAAUGCCUCCAGAUUUACACCUCAAGAUCCGCCUACUUCACCAGCCUGGAGAAUUAUGUUGAGUGGGUUGUCUUCAUCCUUUCCUUCAUUUUCCUUCUCGAUUUCAACCUUUGCUACGCAUAUACCGGAUUCAGAGAGGAAUGGCAGUGGUCUCUGGGCGCUUUCGCCCUCUUCUUCUCCUGGAUUGACCUGGUCCUGUACCUCAAGGCCUUCACCGCCUUAGGCUUGUAUGUCAUCAUGUUCCAGGUCGUCUGUCGGACGUUUCUCAAGGUGUUUGUGGUCUUCUUCUGCCUGAUUGGAGCUUUUGCGCUCGGUUUCCAUACACUGUUGCAAAACCAGAUUCCUUUUCGGGACGUUGCCAACUCCAUCCUCCGAACAUCGGUAAUGUUCAUCGGGGAAAUAGACUAUAAUGACAUAUUCAAUGCUGGUGUCAACGCUACUGGCGAUGCUUAUGGGAAGGACAACAACCUAAUCUACCCGGCAGCAACAUCUGUCAUGUUCUCCACCUUCAUCCUACUGGCCUGUAUAGUACUGAUGAACCUCUUGGUUGGACUGGCAGUAGAUGACAUCAAAGCCAUUACCCGAAAGGCGGCAUUCGAGAGGACGUCAAUGCAUGUUGACAUGGUUUUAGAUGUAGAGAAAGUUCUCCAUAAAACCCUACGGAAGGGGUGUUACCGUAUGCGGAGGAAAUGUGUGGCCCAGGAUAAAGUCAAACAGCGCGGGUUCUGGCACUGGUUGAAACAUCUGCCCAUCUGGUGGUGGAAUCAACAGGUGGAGACAGAUGAAAAUGCUAUUCUGAAAUGUAUCCCCGAACUCAUAAAGCGUCAAGAAGAGCUGCAUGAGCUGCUGUUGGGGAUGAACAAGGAGCUGCUGGCUCAGAACCGCCGGAUGGAGAAGUUCCUACAGGUCAAGGGGGAUGCCGAGAAGGCGGAGAGCAGUCAUAACGCCGAAUUGGAGAAGGAGGCCAACAGCCUCACUUUGCACCACGCAUAGAGACUGGGAGGGCCUGAGUGUCCUCUUUGUCUCAGGCAUCGUAAUUUGCUGUGUAGAUUUGCUGCCUUCAGUCGUGCCAACCUCAGCUGAUCGAGGGUUCGAUCCUCCAUACAACUGACCCGCUGCGAUAUAACUGUAGAGCCGCACUUACCCAUUUACUCGUUGAUACUGGAAUGCUCGUGCCAAUGUUUGAAAUCCAUGUCUGGUGUCCCCCCUCCCUCCCCCGCCUUAUGCAUGGAAUAAUGCUCACAGUGGUGUACAGCCAUAUUCACACCCUUACUCACGUUAGCAGUUUCGUUUUCCGUGAGUGAGUGAUCGCUGCAUUCUAAGUGAAACUGUGGAUAAUCAUUUUGACAAAGUACAGUAGAACAUGGAUAUAACGAACUACAAGGGAGCAAAGAAGUCAGUUCGUAAUAUCCGUUGUUCGUUUUACACGUUUUCGUGCGCAAACGUCCGCCAUCUUGGAUAAAUCAAACACAAUGCACGUAAUUGCAUCAUUGACUUGUAUUAGCUGACAGUGGUGUAUAUAUUCUAUAUUCCCACCCUUACUCACGUUAGCAGUUUCGUUUAUCGUGAGUGAGUGAUGUUGAUAAUCCUUAUGACUAAGUACUUGUAAAUUUUGCUUUGUUUUCAUGUGAGUUAAAUUGUCGAUAAUAAUAUAUUGAAGAAUUAAAUCGUCGAUAACAAUAUUUUGAAUAAUGUUGAAAGUAGUUGUAUUAAGAAUGCUGUAAAUGAAAUCGCUGUUUAAUUAUGAACUUGUGAUUAUGUUUUAAGUACUAAACGCCACCAUUAGCAUUUUAAUGCAUUGCAGUUCUGCUUGAAGUAACUAGAUUGAAUUAUAUAAUUUACACCAUCGGUUUAAAAGAAUAGCAUAGGAAGCACUUACGGCGGAUCAGCGGAUGUACCCGAUACAACUUUGAUAUCAUGUGAAAUGCCGCCAUCUUGAUCCUGGGUUCUUGUAGGUGCCAUCCUUGUCCUGCAUUCUGUUAGCUGCCUACUUGAUCCUGCAUUCUUUGAGCCGCCAUCUUGAUACUGCAUUCUUGGAGCCGCCAUCUUGAUCCUGCAUUCUUGGAGCCGCCAUCUUGGUCCUGGGUUCUUGUAGGUGCCAUCCUUGUCCUGCAUUCUGUUAGCUGCCUACUUGAUCCUGCAUUCUUGGAGCCGCCAUCUUGAUACUGCAUUCUUGGAGCCGCCAUCUUGAUCCUGCAUUCUUGGAGCCGCCAUCUUGAUCCUGCAUUCUUGGAGCCGCCAUCUUGGUACUGCAUUCUUGGAGCCACCAUCUUGAUCCUGCAUUCUUGGAGCCGCCAUCUUGGUCCUGGGUUCUUGUAGGUGCCAUCCUUGUCCUGCAUUCUGUUAGCUGCCUACUUGAUCCUGCAUUCUUGGAGCCGCCAUCUUGAUCCCAGGUUUUUGUAGGUGCCAUCCUUGUCCUGCAUUCUUUGAGCCGCCAUCUUGAUACUGCAUUCUUGGAGCCGCCAUCUUGAUCCUGCAUUCUUGGAGCCACCAUCUUGAUCCUGCAUUCUUGGAGCCGCCAUCUUGGUCCUGGGUUCUUGUAGGUGCCAUCCUUGUCCUGCAUUCUUGGAGCCGCCAUCUUGGUCCUGGGUUCUUGUAGGUGCCAUCCUUGUCCUGCAUUCUUGGAGCCUCCAUCUUGAUCCUGCAGGCUUGGAGCCGCCAUCUUGAUCCUGCAUUCUUGGAGCCGCCAUCUUGAUCCUGCAUUCUUGGAGCCGCCAUCUUGAUCCUGGGUUCUUGUAGGUGCCAUCUUUGUCCUGCAUUCUUGGAGCCGCCAUCUUGAUCCUACAUUCUUGGAGCCGCCAUCUUGAUCCUGCAUUCUUGGAGCCGCCAUCUUGAUCCCAGGUUUUUGUAGGUGCCAUCCUUGUCCUGCAUUCUUGGAGCCGCCAUCUUGAUCCUGCAUUCUUGGAGCCGCCAUCUUGAUCCUGGGUUCUUGUAGGUGCCAUCCUUGUCCUGCAUUCUUGGAGCCGCCAUCUUGAUCCUGCAUUCUUGGAGCCGCCAUCUUGAUCUUGGGUUUUUGUAGGUUCCAUCCUUGUCCUGCAUUCUUGGAGCCGCCAUCUUGGUCCUGCAUUCUUUGGGCCUUCAUCUUGGUCCUGCAUUCUUGGAGCCGCCAUCUUGUUCGUGCAUUCUAUGUCCUAUGUUGUGUUUGUUUGUCUUAUAAUUGGAUAUUGAGAUAUUUAUGCAGGUGCGAUAUGAUUCCUGUCCUUUCUCCGUAACGUCCAGCUUCAUAUAGUUCCUGGGCAUGCAUGUUUAUUUCAUGAAAUGCUUGCUACAGUUACUUGUGUGUUUUGCUUUUUAAUACAUUAUUCAACCUUUGAAGCGUAAAAUUAUCUUUUGAAGAGCAGAGGCUAAAUAACUCAUAAAAUCACAUGUUUCAAUACUUCCUAGUCAAGUACCCCAACAUGAAUGAUGUUUUGACACUUCUUAGUGGCUCUGAUGAUCAGAAAGUUGUCAAAAACAAUGUCAUUUCAAUUAAGUUGGCGUAAAGAUACAGGACCAAGACAGCGACAUUUUUUUCCUGUAAGUGCACAUAAUACAAAUCAGACUAUGCUUUAGGUACGGCUUUUCGUAUAUGUGACUUAUGACGGUGAUCUCGUGGCAUGUCGUCUCUAGGCCGCCCUUUGUUAUAAAUCACACAUGAUAUCACCACGUUUCGACUGUUGAGUUUGCUUCAAACAACAUGACAACUUGAGUGUGGGAUAACCUAGACUUGGUCAUUUCCGAAACAUAUUGUAUCUUUGACAUACAAACGAGCGGUUUAAUAUUACCGUGAUACAAACACAUCUCUGACUGUUCUAACACUGGGAGUGAAAUGUCACUGAGUGCUGUCACUAAGGACUGGUUCCACUGCGUGUUUUGUAUUCCCUGUGCAACACAUUGAAUCAUUACAGAAGUAUUUUGUACAUUGCCAUGGAAAAUAAAAUUGUUCUACAUCAAA